AUGCGGGCCUCUGCGGUCUUUGGAAGCCAUGCGAUCCGCCUCUUCUGCCGUUGGGCGGCGGCGUGCCAGAAGCCUGCCUGUGUCCUCUUUGCGGAUGUUGCAUCUGCCUAUUAUAAUUCCAUUCGGGAUUUGACGGCCCGACGCCUUGACAACCAGGGACGGCCAGUCACCACCCACAUCUUGCCCGAUGACACUGAGCCCCAUGAGGGCCUAGUCGAAGCUCUGCGAGGCCCUAGUGCUUUUGAGGCAAGUGGGGCGAAUGCGUGGUUGGAAUCUUUGGCCGCGGAAUUCCAUCGUGGGUCAUGGUUUUCUCUGCGAGGCGAUCACGUACCGGUGGUAACGAGGCGAGGGUCAAGGCCAGGGUCGUCUCUGGCCGACCUCAUGUAUAGCUCCGGUGUUGCACAGAUCAUCGCAACCCGCGAUGCCUUGCGAGCUCAGUCACCAGCCGCUUGUCACAUCCCACAAGUCCCUUGGGAUGGUCAACGAGACCUAUCCCCUCCGCAAGCCCCAACUUCUGUGGAGCCACUGAGUGACAUCAUUUGGGCAGAUGACCUGGCGGAGUGUUUUAUGCUCUCCGCCUCACAGCGAGCAGCUCAUCAGGUUUCCCUCGAGGCCUCCUUCCUCGACGAGGCCUUUGCGUCCCAAGGCUACCGCCUCACCUAUGGGCCAUCCAAAACUGCGGCACAGGUACUCUUGGUUGGGGAAGGUUCGCGAGCUGCCAAGCGUGCCCUCUUUCAGGGCAAUGGUACCCUGCCCGUACUCCGGGAAACGGAAACACCGGCAAACUUCGUGCUUAUCGGUGCCGCCGCAUCACUGUCGCGAGGCGAGGCACUCUUUUGCACACUAUGGUUAUGCCCAGGCUUCUCUUCGGUGCAGGAGAGGAUCAACACAUCUCAGGCGCAAUGGCCUGCGCACUCCUUGGCCUGGCUGACCCGCAAACCUUGCUUCGGGUGGAAAGGCUUCGUUAUCUUCGCCAAUUUGUCGCAAGCAGCACCCAACGCUCUGUGGGCUUUGAUACGACAGGACACCCUGUAUCUCAAGGAGUUGCGCGAUGCCAUGCAAUGGCUUUACCGCCGGCUCUCUGCCACCGUGCCCCUGCAAGAUCCCCUCUUGUUCUGGGAUGAGUGGUGCCGGGUGAUGACUGAGGCGCCGGGGCGUUUCCGAGGCUGGAUCAAGCGUGCUGCCUCGCUGGAGGCUUUGCGUCUUCGUGCUUUUGUUGCCUUGCAAUCUUGCAGACGCUGUCUGGCCCACUUCUGCCCAGACGAACGCCCGGAGCCUGAACAAGGCAUAAGGUUUGCUGAAGCGUGUCUCCCGUGUCGGAAGGCCUUUGUGGACAGGGUUUCCUGGGCGUGCCACGCCAGCCGCUUGCAUGGAUAUCGGACCCGAGCUACUGAAGUGACACGGGGUGUUGACCAGUCUUGGUGCAGUGGAUGCGGCAAACUUUUUGCCAAUUCUGGCCGCAUGAAGCGGCACGUGUUUGUCACACCAGCUUGCCAAGAGCAUUGGGGUACCUUCCAUCCCUCUGGGCCGCUGCCCAAACAUCCCCUGCAUCCAGCAGCACCCCCACUUCAGCUACCCGGACUCAGCGAGGCUUCCCGGUCCACAGAAGGUGUGUCUCCUGAUGGUUGCCACCCAGCCCUUCUUGCGGCCUUGCUGGACCUUGACGAGUCUGAUGACACGCAGGCGUGGGCUGUCAUCCAGGACUUUAUAGCUCCGAUCGAGCAUCUGAGAUGCACAGUCAAGGCGUGGCGCACUCACCCCUCUGCACAACCAUAUGCGGAAGAUGUGGCCGGCAACAUGCUUUUGUUACUCGACCCUGAAGUGUGCUGUGACACCUUCCAACGGCCCAAAACGCGACCCACGCACUUGGAUUUCUUCACACCUCUUCCCCCUCUUUCUGGGCUUUCCCUUCCUCUCGCAUCCAGUGGGAUUCCUGCUUCUUUCACCAUUGAAGCUCCCCCACUGCCUUGCUUCGUCUAUCCGUUUGACUGCAGUGUUCCCCUUGCAGCCGCUGACAAGCAUGUGGCCUGGCUGGAAGCUUCCGUCGAGGUACUCUCCGCGGCAAUUCAAACGUCCUCGACUAGCCCGAUCCGGAUCGCGGCCCCUGCGCCGGCGCUCCGCUGCCUCGAGCCUGUGACCUCGUGGCUAAAAGCUGGGGGAUUGGUCAGCUCAGCCGUUGGCCUGGCCUCAUUUUGA